AUGCGACCUUUUGAUAGAAUCUUCCAUGUGUGUGAGAGGCGUCGUCAGAGCCUCACUGAUGCUCACAUGAUGCACACACUGGGCCCUGUGAUCCUGCUCAGCACAUUGGACCAGGAGAAGCCCUUUUUCCACGUGGAGCAGACCCCUCAGGCCUCAGCUCCUCUGGGAGAUCCAGUGCAGCUCAACUGUUCCGUUGUGUCCAAGAACGAGUGUCUGCAGCGGUGUCCUUCCAAACGCAACGUGCACUGGUUCAGAGCCGGAGCAUCAGCCUCUGCAGCCAGCGUCAUGUACACUUACGAGAGCCGGAGCGACAAGCAGCUCCAGAGGACAUGUGUCUACAGUCUGUCCACCACCAUAGAGACCUACGAGGACACAGGCCCCUACUACUGCGCGGUGGCGGCAUGUGGACACGUCCUGUUCGGAGCUGGUACCAAUGUCAACAUCAGCUCAGACCGCCUGGACCUGCUGCCAGUGUGCGCUGCUCUUGGGCUCCUGCUGAUCUGCUCUACUGUGGCCAAUGCUCUGAUGCUCUGCAGAGUCAGAAAAGCUGCUCAUGCUAACGGACUAUCUGCUUCUAAGCACUUGGAAAUCCUGGACACAAAUGCAGCAGAUCAAUCAAACGUUGAGGAGGACACAAUCACAGGUAUGAACUAUGCAGUACUGGAUCUUCCGCGGAGAAAAGUGAAGCGUUCGAACAUCCAAACUGGAUCCCCGUCGGAGUGCUUGUACUCAGCCCCCAGAGCCCAUCGCUGA